AAGUCCGUAUAAAAGACCUGAUUCUUGGCGCAGAUAAUCAGAUCAUUCGAUCGGCUCUUUCCCGACAAGCUCGAAAAACAUAGCCCGAAGAUCAUCCGACAUGAAAUACCUUUUCGUAGUAGCCUUCCUCGCCUUGGCCAUCCAAUUUGCCUCUGCAGCAACAACCAGUGAUGCCACCACAACAACCACCGCCGCAACAACAACUACAACGACAACGACGGAUUCUUCUACAACAACAACCACCGAAUCGUCCUCCACUGGAACGAAGCGCUGCUCCAAGAGCAACAACUGGUGUGGCACGUUCAGGCCCAAGAAGAAGUGCAAGCACCCCAAGAAGUGUCACAAGACCAUCGUGAGGGUGACCCACAGGAAGGGCUAAAUCUUAACACUGAUAUCAAAUAAAUAACUUUCAACCGAAA